AUGCAAAGAGCUUGUGAAAUGGUCGUAUCUUUGCUGAGAACUGAUGCUACGACACAAAAAUGUCCAUUCCAUGUAUUGAAUGUUCAAAUUCUUGAAUUAUUACAAAAGGAAGGUCUUAUUAGGGGGUUUGCAAUUAAGGGAACAAAAAUUGAUAUAUUGCUCAAGCAUUUUAAAGGAGCUCCAGUAAUAAGAAACAUUCGUGUUGUUUCUAAACCUAGUAGAGACAUAUGGCUAACUCCCCAUGAACUUAAAUUCCGCACGCGAUUUAAUACAGGACUCUGGGUUAUGCAAACUAGCUGUGGAGUAAUUAGUCAUAGGGAUUGUAUUCGAAUGGGAAUAGGUGGAAAAAUGUUAUUUGCAGUUAAUAAUGGUUAUCAACAUUUUUGCUAG